AUGCCGCCCACACACAUCUCUGGAACCUCGCGCGCCCUCUACCGCGUCUUCAUCGCCCCGUCUCUGCGCACCUCAACUUCCAUCCCGCUGCUGUAUGCACCUGCAUUUGCGCCCUCGGCUUCUCUACCCACAUCUCUUGCCUCGUCAACACCCAGCCUCGCCCCACGGACCACGAUACGCACAAAGAAAUACACAAAAGACACGCGGCGCCAUGCCCUCUCCGACUACUACGUCAUCGACAACGCCAUUGAAGCCGACCGCAUCAACCUGGUGGAUGAAAACGGCCAGUUCCACAGCGACGUCGACCUCGACGAGGCGCUGGACAGCUUCGACAAAGUCACGCACCACCUGGUGCAAAUGACGCCCGGCAAGGUCGACGAGUACGGCCAAGUCGACCCAGAGAGCCUGCCCACGUGCCGCGUCAUCUCCAAGAUCGAUCUCCGCACUCAGCACCAGCGCAAGCUCGAAACGCUGCGGAGACAGGCAAAGGGCCAGGGCGCUGGCCCCUCUUCAAAGUCGCUUGAGCUCAACUGGGCCAUUGCGCCCGGGGACUUGAAGCACCGACUGGAGGCUUUCAAGCGCUUUCUCAGAGAAGGCAGAAAGGUAGAGGUGAUGCUGGGGCCCAAGAAGCAGGGGAGAAAGGCGACGCCUGAAGAGGCGAGCGCAGUCAUCAAGGCUGUGAGGGAUGCCGUGGACGAGUGCAAGGGGUCGCAUGAGGUGAAAAGUGAGGGGCAGGUUGGAGACGUCAUGAUGGUGGUUUUUGAGGGGAAGAAGUUGGACAAGAAGGCCUGA